AUCAUUUUCAUGAGGCAAGCCUGUGCGCUCCGAUACAGCAGAUGGCAGCAUGCGCCAGCUGGUUGGUUACAAAAACACACGAAGAAGACAGAUAAGCGGAAGAGACGUGGCACAUAAACAGAAGGAGGAAGGAGGAAGGAACGAGCUUCACCGAUGACAACCUCUGGAGCCGCCUUCCAUGUGAAUUCAACAAGGAAGCUUAAAUGACAGGAGUACAACAUCACCUAAAACGAAAGGGACUCGAUUAAUGUCAGUCUGACAGAGCGCAGGUGGCCAUGGGUCUCUGCAAGUGUCCAAAAAGAAAAGUGACCAAUUUAUUCUGCUUCGAACACCGUGUAAAUGUGUGCGAGCAUUGCCUCGUCUCCAACCACAACAAGUGCAUCGUGCAGUCAUAUCUGCAGUGGCUUCAGGACAGUGAUUACAACCCCAACUGUACUCUUUGCAAUAUUCCGCUGACUACGCAGGACACUGUCAGACUGAUCUGCUAUGAUGUGUUUCACUGGUCAUGUCUUAAUAACUUGGCAUCUCGGCUGCCCCUCCAUACGGCUCCAGCGGGAUACCAGUGUCCCACCUGUCAGGGUCCAGUUUUCCCCCCUACCAACAUGGCCAGCCCAGUUGCUGAUGUGCUAAAAGAACAGCUGUCAUCUGUUAACUGGGCUAGAGCUGGUUUGGGGCUGCCACUGAUUGAAGAGCCUGUCGGGGUCCUUGAAGAGACUGCAGCUAACGAUGUCACUGACUAUACAGACUGGUCAACAUUUGAUGCACAAGAACAAAGCAACAUGUACCCCAGCCAUUCUUACGCCAGCAGCCUCAGCCCUCCAUCUAAUUACAUCUCACCUCCAGCACAGGGAGAAAUUGGAGGUCCUCAUAAAAAUGGGGAUCCAAAUAUGCAGGAACACUCUGUGAUCAACUUUACUACUGCCACUACCCGUGACACUAUUACAAUACACACAGCGUCAUCACCGAGAAAGGUAUAUGACACACGGGACGUCGGUCACAGCUCUGUCACACAGAUUGACUUUGAUGACGACAAAUACCGGCGGCGACCAGCGUUAAGUUGGUUUGCUCAGAUACUCAAAAACCGCACCGGUGGAAAGCGGACUUCUCUCUCCUGGAAACAGCGCGUCUUCAUGCUCCUGUUGGUCGGAGUUCUGGGAUUCUUUACGUUGAUAAUCAUCAUGGCUAAACUUGGACGUGCCUCGGCUGGCUCAGACCCAAAUUUAGAUCCUCUUCUUAACCCCAACAUCCGCGUGGGGAAAAACUGAUAACAAGCAAUGAUCCCAAUGUAUGCCUGUGUAGAAAUGAGCUGAAAUGGGACUCUCAGUAUAUGGUUAGAUCACCAGAGGGAGCUGUUUACCCACUGGGAAGAGGCUGUACUUUAGCGUGCAGGCAAUCCCUGACAUCUGUUACACAAGGCAGCAGAAACAUGCCAGGGCCUUUCACAGACCAUAUACAAAUACAUCUCUAACAUUCAGGAGCUUUCCUGGGAACCAAGCAAGGCUAUGCACAAGCUUCAAACAUGACCAAGGCUUGGUGUGGAUUUGGUAACUGUUGCUGUGAUUUCAAAAAAAGGGGCAGUAUUUAUAUAUUAUUCGUCAGUGAUCUUUAUAAUUCUUUUAUUUCUCAAGUUCAUUAGAAACUAAACUCUGUAGAUGUUGAAAGAACAUCUUGUGCUGGCAGAUGUCACAAUGUAAAAAACCAACUCGGCAGCAUUCACACAGAUGUAAACUGAAUCCGGUUUCAGAUUUGUCUGGGAGGGUUAUGGAUUUCUCCUUGAGGGAAAAUGUGGCCCUCAUAACUGGAGCUGUACCCCACACAUAAUACAACUAUUUAUAAGUGUCUGCAUUACUCUAAAAACUGAGUGCUUUGCUUUUAGAUUUGCCAUACAAAUUGUGUGUACAUUUUCCUGAUGUUUUUGACUGGCCAUUAAAUAGGAAUCUUCCAGAAAUGCAGUUUUUUUUUUUUUUUUUUAAAUGGUGACCAUUUUCUUCUGCUGUUCACAGCGAAAACUGUAAGUGAGUCAUGUUUGAAAUGUCAUUUGUAUCGUUUCAACAGGAAUAUGUUAUAUUGCACUUUCUGGUGUCAUAUAUCAAACAAAUUUGUUAUUUUAUUGCCCAGUUUUAAUGAAGCGGCUGCUGGCAGCAGACCAGUGAGUAAAUAAGAUCCCACAUAAGUGACAUUUCUGGAUGAUUUCUCGAGUCUUCAAAGAGUAAAAAAAACAAACUACUGUCACUGCUGCUGACAGCAAGUAACUCCAUCUUCCACAGUAUCUCACUGUAACAAAACACUACAUAUAGAGUACAGCUGACAUAAUAAAUGUUGACUUUUGAAGGUU